AUGCUACUCGUGGUAUUCCACUUUAUUCGGAGGCAUUGGGUGUCAUGUAUCGCCCGCGCUUCUCGUGCAUGGAGGGCAAUCCUGCGCCUUGUCGCAGACCCUCCCCCUCCUCUCACCUCAGAGCAACUUAAGACCAGGGAAGAGGAAUUCAUCAGCUCGAUAGACCGGGACGCCGUCUGUGCCCUGGCGUCUCGCUAUAACCACCAAAAGCCCUGCCGCAUCAUCAACUCGGCCCGGGGCAGCUUCAACGUUUGUUUCUUUGUCCAUUUUUACACCACUGGCACCAAAUGGGUCGUGAGGAUUCCCAUUGAGCCAGCGAUCUACAAUGUCUGGGAGAAGCUCCAGAGCGAGGUUGCCACAAUGCGGUAUAUAGAGAGUCAUACUAAAAUUCCCGUCCCCCGUAUCCAUGCGUACGGACGGAGCCGAAUGAUCAACUGCGGCUCUGCGACGCAGGCAUUCCUCAUUAUUGACUGGGUCUCUGGCCGGUCACUAGAUAUGAAGAGUCUUGUCAAGGCCACCCGGGAGCGUCGAAAUCACUUCUAUUCAGACCUCAUCGACGUCCUCGCGCAGCUACGGAGGCUAGAGUUUCCUGUGGCGGGCUCGUUGAUGCCAAAUUUCAAAGGCGGGUCGGAGCCUGUCGGGAAAGGGGCUCCCCGAGCGACCUUCAAUUCUGCAACACAGCUUGUUCAUCAGAACUGCAAUGUACUGUCAGAAACAUACCGGUUGCCCACCGAGGAGCUAUCUCGUCAGACGGCCGAGCUCGAAAUAUUCGCACUCGACAGCCUAGAGAAGCAGGUCCCCAAUGUCGUCGACGCCCGGUGGGAUGAUGGGCCCUUUGUCCUGACUCACACGGAUCUGAGAUGCGCCAACAUCAUCAUUGAUGACGACUUCCGUAUCCGAGGUGUCAUCGACUGGGAGUGGGCAAGCACAGUCCCCCGACAGUUCUUCACACCGCCGUUGUGGAUCACGGGCCACGCUCUUGAACCAAUCCACGGAAUUUCGCUCGACAUGUUUUCCGAAUUCCGCGACGUUCUACACGCAAAGGGCGGAACCUCUCGCGACUACGAGCAGCUGCUGCACGACUGGGACUUUGACCAGAAACUUACUUUGCCCAUGGCCCAGAUUCUUCGUCAUCCCUCUAGUCUUCUUCAUGUCUUCUACACUUUCAUCUAUCCGGGACUAUUCCUGGAACCCCGUGACAAGGUGGUUGCUAAGUUUUUCAAAGAUGACGAAAACGGGGCUCUCGCCAUUGAAGUACAACGGCGCAUAGAUAUUUCUAAACGCUAUACUCAGUACUUGAAAGACAACGGCUUGUUCGUCGAAGAUGAGGAAUCCCAAAAGCUUAGAGAGUGGUUAGCUAAGGGACGCGAAUUGGAACGGAAACUAGGUCUAACUAGGUCGAACUAG